AUGGCGGCGGGAAAGAUCGGCACCAACCUGGGCGACACCGUCCCGGACUUCAAGGCGGACUCCACGCAGGGCAGGAUCGAGUGGCACAAGUUCAUCGAGGGUAGUUGGGCAGUCUUGUUCAGCCAUCCCGCGGACUACACUCCCGUGUGCACCACUGAGCUAGGGACUGUGGCCGCCAUUAUCCCAGAGUUCGAGAAGCGGGGUGUGAAGGUUGCGGCACUGUCCUGCAAUGAUGUGAAGUCCCACGAGGGAUGGGUGAAGGACAUUGAGGCUACGUCAUAUUCCAAGGGCUCUCCCAUCGCUUACCCCAUCAUUGCGGACCCAAAUCGUGACAUCGCCAACCAGUACAAGAUGGUGGAUCCCGAGGAGAAGAAUGCCGCAGGGCUGCCCAUGACUUGCAGAGCCGUCUUCAUCAUCGGUCCCGACAAGAAGCUCAAGCUGUCCCUGCUGUAUCCGGCAACCACUGGCCGCAACUUUCCAGAGAUUCUGCGUGCCAUCGACUCGCUGCAGCUGACGGUGAACCACAAGGUCGCCACUCCUGCCAACUGGGAGUCUGGAGACAAGUGCAUGGUGUUGCCCACCUUGACCGAUGAUCAGGCCACGCAGAACUUUGGGUCCUUUGACGUUGUGGAUGUACCUUCAGAGAAGCGAUACAUGCGUCUGACGGCCGACCCCACUGGGGCAACGAAGGGUUUCAUGGGCCAGAAGUGCCUAAUGACGUUGGCGGGGGUGGCCUCGGGCGCGCUGCUCGGCUUUGUUGGGGGCCGGGUGUCCAACAAGUCCUAG